CUCUCUCUCUCUAAGAUUCGAAGGAGAAAAAGAGAAGCUUUUAGAGAAAGACAUGAAGAAUAUAUUCAAAGCGGCCUUACUUUAGUUCGUGGAUGCCUAUCUAUUCAUGGACUAAGAAGAUGACCACUCUUUUCCCACUCUCUGAACCAUCCUCCUCCUGGCUUUUAUAAUCUCUUCCAUUUCAUCCACCACUUUUGCAUGAGAAGAAGCAUGUGACCCCAAAGAGAUAGAGAGAGAAAGAGAGAGGGUGAGAAAUGGGGUGCUGCCCUCUCGGGAAGAAGUUCUCCAAGGCAUUUGGGAAGUGCAGUGGAAAAGAGGAGAGAAGAAGCAUAUCCAGAGCAGUUAAGCUUUCGCCACCGCCGGCCUACCUCUACUCCCGCCCAACAACAACACUCAUCAAAUCUGUAAAUUUCAGUAACGAUACGCAUACGCCCAUUGUCAUUAUUCCGCCUGAUCCAAAUCCCCCGAAACCACGCCCGGUAGAGAAUCCUGCACAUCAGCACCCUAUGAGCACCACCACCGCCACCACUUCCGCCGCCGCCGCCGCCGCCACCUCAGCUCCGGCGAAACCGGUGCCCAUAGCUGAACCGUCGCAUGUGGUGAGUUCACCGGCCACAGGUCCGGUUCAAAAACAACCGGGUCCGGUCCAGCGCGGCCCGCCGCAUUGCUACGUGAUGUCGCCGUUGCCGAGGUGGGAGGAAAGGCCGCCGCGGAGAAGGGAGUACUUGAGCGGGGAGUACAGUUACUAUCCUACCCCUAUUCGAGAGGGUAUUUACAACAUUGGCACCGAUCCUAAUCGCCUCACCUCCAUUUUCAGCGAGGAGAACCCUAAUGCCUGCACUAUUGUAUGAAGGAAUUAAUGGUGAUAUAAAACUAAAUGUAUCAUAUAUUUCCUUUUUUUAAUAUAUAUUAUUUG